AUUUGACGCUUUAAAAAAAACUAAUGUGAAAAUUGUUUUUUGUAGUUAAAGCAAUUAAAUCCAUGUAUUAUAUUUCAAUUAAGUCGUGUACUCCUAAAACACAGUAUGGUUUUUAAUUUUUCUAUUAGACAGGCCAAAAGUGCACAUUUGGGUUGUUUAGGGAUGAAUUGUCGUCGACUUUAUGAAUGUUUGCGUGGGAGGAAAUGGUAAUAAUUUACGGCGCUUUAUUUGCUGUAACGUGCUCGAUUUUGUACAUGUUCGCGUUCCAGCCGAAAGUAAUUUUGCAGACAAAAACGCUCCGAACAUAAUUUUAAACCGAAAUUUACACAAGAACCGGCUUGUACAAAGUGUCAUUUGCAUUAUGCAAAUUCACAAAGCCAAAGAGAGAAAUGUACACAUUCGGCCGAGCUCCUUGCAUGAUAUUCGGGAGAUUCCGAGACGGUUGUUUGCACGAAUAAUUUAAAAAGGGAGAAGAUUGUGCGCGGCGCAGACAAUUGAAAAGAGAAAAAUGAGCGUGUACCACACGUAAGUUGUAUUAUUUUUGUAAUUUCCAGCCAAAACUGGCCCGCGCGUCUUUUUUUGCGGCUGCUGUCGCAGUGUGUUGUACUUGUCUCCCGCUUUGUAUUCUGCUUGUCUGUGUGUGCGAGAGCGUACCGAGUAUAAUUAAAUUCUUCGUGUACGGCAAGAGCGGUAAUGCACACAACAGGGGGCCCUCUCGCUGACUGAGAGAGAGCUGCCUGGGAUUCUGUCUAAUGAGGGAUUAAUGGAAGUGCUCAAUAUUUUUGUCAACACAGACGAGUAAAAGAGAGCAGCCCCCGCUCCUUUUUUAAUCCGGCGACGGACAAAAUCAAUAUAGAUGCUUUUGCCACUAGACAAAGUUAAUUAUGACAGACUGUGUGCAAUUUGGAUUAGCGCAUUUAACUGCGAGGCAAAACAAAGGAGGAACUAUUUUUUUCAACGCCGAAGUCAAAUCACUGUUUAAAAAUUGGUUUCAUAUAGAAGAAAUUAAUUUUAUUUAAACAUUAAUUGAAAACAUACUUUGAUUCUUCAGCUUUUCAGCAAGAACUUGUCGAAUGCCAUCAACCUUUCAUUAUUAAAGCACUCCCAAACCCACUUCGGUAACACUGCUUUGGUGUCAGGGUAAAAUUGUGCUAACUGAAAUAAAAUACAAUAAAAUAAAAUAAGUUACAAAUAAAAAAAAAUGUUAUGAAAUUGAAAUACCUCUUCUAUUCCUUCGUUUGACUCAGUCACUAGAAACUUCACCUCCUCACUCAAAUUCUCAACAACUUUGCUGGAAAAAAGUUGCCAUAAAAAUUUAACCGAUCUGAAGCUUAAGAGAAAUUACCCCUUGGCUGCAAUAAUGUAGCGCUUCAACUUUUUCUUUGACUCGUUGUCUAAAUCUUCAUGCAGAGUGAAGAUCAAACCCUCAAAAAAAUGUGGUAGCUUGGGCCAUUUUGCAACUUCGGCGCCGUCGCUGUCAUUGUCUGUUUCUGCAUCAUAAAUGGCAUCGUCGUCAUCCUUACCAUUGGCAUCAAUUUUUACCCUAAAUCCAAUUUCAUUUAAGUCAUCUUCAAAAAAAAAAAAAAAAAAAAAUCACCUCUCAGGGCUUAGGGGUUCAUCUUCGUCUGAAACAAUGACAGGGUCUGCAGUUGGUUGAGCUGAACUUGACGGCCCAGCUGUAUCUAAUAUUUGAUUCAGUUAAAAAAAUGUAUAUAUUAUUUUCCUAAUACAACCAUUUGUGUCCUCCCAAAUUUCCUCCUCACUCUCCGACUCGUCCUGGUCAGCUUUCUCCAGGGCAAAUCUAAAAAGUAAAUAUUAUAACAAAUUUGCAUUGGAAUAUAUUCCUGAUCGCACCUGCGCCAUGGGAAUCUCUUUCUUUUUCUGUAGCACUGGUCAAUCCAUUCCUUUGUCACUAUCUUGCCGUUGCCCAUGGCUUUGACCUGCUUUACUUUUGGCGUGUUUGCAAACGCCCCACUGCAUACAAAAAAAUACCGGUGCUUAUGAUUUUGCACAAGGCUACAAACAAAGAUUUAUUUACAUGAGGUGGGAGCACGUCUUGUCCCAGUCGCCUUUGUACUUGGCACCCAUGUCGAGGGCAUUGUCUCUCAGGAUACCCCGCAUUGGGUUUUGGAAACCGCUCAAUACAAAGGUCACGCCUUUCAGCAGCUGAUCAUACGGCAGCUUCUGUUUAGCCACUUUAAUUCCAGGCGUCGGUUCUAAAUUUUGUUUUUAUAUAAUUAAAAAAAAAUAAAAUUUGUAAUACUGUACCAGGUUUAGACGGAGCUUCUGCUUUCUUUUUUUCCUUUGGCUUUUCCUUUUCUUUUGUUCGAGCUGGUGACUUUUUAUCUUUGGGUUUUGCAACAGGAGAUUUUUCAAGGUCCACUACCUUGACGUCAUCUUCGUCCUCCUCGUCACUGCCUCUUUCAAGCUUCUUCCUGAUUUUUCCAACCCUUUCCGUUGGCGAAGCUUUAAAGAAUAGAAUAAAAAUAAGACCAAACCUAAAAUUAUAUUAAUUUGAUUGCAAACCUGCUGCUGAAGCAGAACUUGACGGUGGCUGCAUCAUUCUCUUCUUUGUCUUGGGUGUCGAGCCAUUCAGCGAGUGCUCUCGUUUUUUGGGAAUUAUUACUGCAGCUUUGGUUCUGCCGUUAGUGCCUGGAGAGCUCGAGGCUUCGGAAAUAGCCGCAUUGACUGCAAAUAUUCUCACACUAGAGAAAUACUUCAAUUUAAAAAUAAAAAUUCACCUGUUUUUGCUUGAGAAGGAGAAUCUAAGGAAAUAUCCUUCCUCCUGGCAAAUAGACUUCCAGGCAUAAUGUUGUCCUCCUCUUCAUCUCUGAUCAAAAACCUUCCUAGAGCUGAAGAUCCUGGACUGGACUCGGCCGGAGCUUGCAAUUUGAUGAAUGAAAGCCCAAAUUGAGCAUGCAGAUUAAACUUUUGCUGACACACUAUCUGCAAAAUGUUCAUUUAAUUUAGAUAAUUAGCAUUAUUAUCAUUAUUAUUUUUAAUUAAUACCUUAAUUCGGUCCCAUUUCUGUUUGGCUGUGUCUUGGCACAGCUUGUCCAAGUCGAACAUUCUCACCCUGGUCAUGUCCGUUCCACCUCGAGACUCGGACGGAGUCAUAAAGGACGAGUUGAGGAGCAAAACCUUUGAUUGAAAAUCCAAAAUUUACUAAUGUAAGAAUUAAUUUCAUUAUAAACAACCUCGUAGUCUUUUUCAGGGGCACUGGACUUGCCGACAAGAACUUCGACAAAAGCUGAGCCAUUGUUUCCGAUGUCGAUUUUGUUGAUUUUCGUCUCUUUUUCGAGUUGGAUGACCACAGUGGCAGAAGAGUCGCCGUCUUUCUUUGUUCUCCAUUUUCGAGAAGAGUUGAUAAGAUUUUUCGCAGGAAAGGACUGAAAAAUACAAAUUAAUUUUUUCAUGCUGUCUAUCAUGUUCGAGGUUGAGAAUUUUGAAUUCAAUUUUCUAAUGGAAACAAAAAUCGACACUCACCGGAUCUUCGCUGCUGCAACUAACGAUGUGCUGAAGUGCGAUGUCCGGCAUUUUUCAAUAACUGAAAUUACGUAAUUCAGCCCUAAUUUGACCGAGAUUUACGUGGUGCAAAAAAGUCUAAUCCACCGAGAGUCGAAGGGAGGUAAACAACAUCAUUUGGCGGCAAACCUACGCCAUCUACCGGCAGGAGUUGCUGGGAAAACUGAAACCUGAGAUGGAAGAAAAAAUAAAAUCGGCGCUUGGAUUUACCAAGUUUCAAAGGGCCCGAGGCGGCGGCGGUGGAGGCUGCAUCAACGAAGGUGAUGCUUACGAGACAGAUCAAGGCACAGUCUUUGUGAAGAGAAACAGCAAGAAAGAUGCACAGCUGAUGUUCGACGGAGAAUUCGAAGGGCUGAAAGCGAUAUUGGAGACCGACACGCUGAAAGUGCCAAAGCCGAUGGCAGUCGUUGAAAAUCCAAAGGGGGGAGCAGUUUUGGUGAUGGAAUAUUUAGAUAUGAAAGGUUUAAGUAAAUAUUCAUCACAAAUGGGCACUGCAUUGGCUAAGCUCCACUUACACAACGCAGAGAGAAUUGCCAAUGCAGAAAAUAACAAGUCAAAUAUUUCAAAUCCUGAAAAAUGUGAAGAACAAGAGCAGCUGGGAGUGCAAAAUUUUGGAUUUGAUGUUCCAACUUGCUGUGGCUACAUUCCCAUGGACAACACCUGGACCGUCGACUGGCCAAUAUUUUACGCUCGAAACCGUUUGGAAUACCAGAUUAAACUUCUCCAAGAGAACGGUGGCGACAGGGAAUUGAUGGAGCUAUGGUCAAUUCUACAACUUAAAAUUCCAGUUUUUUUCCCAAAAGAGGUGAAAAUUGUCCCAUCUCUAUUGCACGGAGAUCUCUGGAGUGGAAAUGCAGCGGAAACUGACACAUUGCCUGUUUCAUUUGACCCAGCUGCUUUCUAUGGCCACCAUGAGUAUGACUUGGCUAUUGCAGGAAUGUUUGGUGGAUUCAAUAGCCAAUUUUACAAUGCCUAUCAUGAAUUGAUUCCAAAAACCAAGGGAUUCCCAAAGAGGCACAAACUGUACCUGCUAUUCCACAAUUUAAAUCAUUGGAACCAUUUCGGAAGUGGAUACAGAGGCUCAACCCUGAGUAUCAUGCGAGAACUGGUAAACUAAAUAAAAAUCCAAAGAGAUAAAACAGGGCCUUAUUGAUUAAAAAUAACCCAGAAAUUCUACUUAAC